CCGUGGAAUGCCUUGAAAUGGAUUAGAAAACAUGGCCGUGAGGACAGUGCUGACAUAUUUUUCUUCCAAUUCGGACCAGACGUUCACGGUGACGAUUGAUGAUGGUUUAAAAUUCAGUUUGCUUCACGUUUAAGGAAAUACCUUAAACCCACGUGCAGUAUGGAUAUAGCAGGCAUGAAAACGGAUUGUGGAAAUUAUAUCAUUGAUUCCAUCGUAGAUGUGGGUCCCACUUUCCUCGAUUCAGACAUCAAGAAAGAAUUGACGGAGAGCGAUCUUUACAUUCCCAUAAAUAUAUACAACGAAAUGGAAGCCACCAAAAUGCAGCUUAAUGGAACAGUACAGAAUAGCUGUGGUGCUCUUGAAAUCAAGAAGGAAGUUAAAAGUAAAACUAGCUGUGUAAAUUCGAACAUGAUGAUGAUGGAGACGAGGCUGAAAACUCGAUCGCGUUCAUCGAUAGUUGAAAGUGAUGAAGUCGCUGUACAGAGCGUUUCACGGAACACUUUGAGAUCUGGUAGGACUAGGAACGGGAGAUUCAGGUUUGACGAUUCGGUUGAGCGCCCGUACAUGUGCUCUGGGUGUAAUAAGACCUACCUUACCAGCCAGAACCUCACGCAGCACAAAAAGCGAUCGUGCAGCGGAAGAAAAGGCUACACGUGUCACCAGUGCAACCGGAGUUUCUUCACCGUGUCGAGUUUGACGCUUCACUCUAAGGUUCACUGGGACCCACAGAUACAGUUUGAAAGUGCUGAAGCUAGCUGCAUGGGUUUGAAGAAGACUGGUCUCCUGCAGGUGAAGAAGUUGGGUGAUAACAAAGAAGAGAAAUACAUGUGUGACGUCUGUGGGAAAAUGUUUGCAAUAAAAUACGCGUUAACCUUGCAUAAAAUGAUUCAUAUGUCGGAGAUGCACGUGACUACGAGUGAAGUAGAUACAAAUACUAACUUGCAAAAUGGCACUGGUGACAGACAAGGAAAUCAAAGUUGUUUAAUGUCAGACGAAUUCGAGACAAAUCGUUUAGUAAUAGAUGAAGGGAAUGGAAAGUUGUUAAUGACAAAUGGAUUAGAUCAAAAGUCACCAGUAGCAAAUGGAUUGGAAAACACGUCUUUGAGAACAACAGGACUUUCACCAGUUGAAAAGCAGAUGGCGAAAUCCUCAAUAUUGGAUGCAGCCGACAGGGUUGAUUGUUCCGAGACGUCUGGUUCUUUCUCAUGUUCCCUGUGCGACCUGUCAUUCGUGAGCAAAACGGCAUUCGACAACCACCAGGUGACUCACAAGCAUUCCAAGAUCAGACAACUCCUGCAGGAGCCAGCGACCGACAUUGAGCGAGACGAGAAGGGCACGUUCUAUUACACCCUCCUCGCUGACAAGACGAGAAUGACCAAGACGUACACGUCGGUCAGCGACCCUAAUGCUGUUGUCGAGGCGACUGCGAACGGCGACCGGUUCGACGAGAAGUGUGUGUACAUUUGCCAGCUGUGUAAGAUGGGCUUCCACGUGUACUCGAUGUAUCUGAAACACAUGCAGAAACACACCAUGGAGAACUUGUUUCUGUGUGGAGUCUGCGGAAAGGGAUUCCAGACGGUCGGCACGCUGAGCGUCCACAUGAAAAUACACACGGACGGCUACCAGUCUUUCAAGUGCACGAUCUGUGACCUGGAGUUGUCCACCCUGUCGAAGCUCACACACCACAAGGCCACGACGCACAUGCAUCGGGUUUACGAGUGCGACAUUUGUGGUAAAGGUUUCUUCCGAUCGUGGCAUCUAAAGGAACACCGAGCCAACCACACGGAGAAUGAAGCAAAGGAAUGCGAUGUUUGCGGAACAACCUUCCCCGAGAUUGGGAGUCUGCGCAAACACAUGUGGAGUCACCUGAAGGAGGCCAAGAUGGGCGUUAAAGGGCCAGUCAGCACCAGUAAGGGGGUGCGUAUUCUGCAGGAGAGAGCCGGCGAGCAGGCCUUCCCUUGCGACCAAUGCCCCAAGGUUUACCACUCGCGCAAUCGACUGGUUCUCCACAAGCGCACACACACCCGCGAGAAGCUCAGCAAGUGCGACCUGUGUGAUAAGGAGUUCUUCUCUCCCUCGGAACUCAACCGACAUCAAAGGACGCACACAGGGGAGAAGCCAUUCCAGUGUGGGGAGUGUGGGAAGUCAUUCGCCCUGGCGACCACGCUGAAGGACCACAUCCGCUCUCACACCGGAGAGAAACCCUUCAAAUGUUUCAUGUGCAACAAGAGUUACUCGUCUUCAUCCAUUUUGGGCAGACACAAGCUCACACACAUUGGUAAACGAAAUUUCAAGUGCAAUCUCUGCGAUAAGUCAUUUCUGUACAACGCCUCGUUACAUGUACACCGGAGAACUCACUCAGGUGAAAAACCGUACACCUGUGAAGUGUGUAACAAGUCGUUCACAAUGCUGUGUCAUUACCGCGUACACACGAGAAUUCACACAGGUGAACGUCCUUACCAGUGCCCGUACUGUGACAAAGAUUUCAACAACUACGGCAGCCAUUACAAGCAUAUUCGCAAACACCCUGAGUUCAAGGAUAAUCUGGCUGUGGACAACAUCGACGCGCUCAGUAACGUGAUCUCCAUGAUGGAGAGUGACCAGUUGGAGACGGAGCAGAUCGAAGAAAUCUCUUGAAGGAAUUGUUCUUUUUAUACUGUAGCACAUCUUCACAAGCCACAGAUCUUUCCAUGUCAAAUUAAAACAAUCAGGGUUUCUGCCAGAUGGUAAAACGGGCAUGGCGCCAGACCCCUCAAAAUUUGCAGAUUUUUGUUUUUUAAAGUUAACCGUUUGACAAAAUUAAUUACUUUUAUCAUUACUGUAUGAUUUUCUUAACCCUAACCUUAAUCCAUUUUCUUCUAGGAAGGCCCCCCCCCCCCCCCC